AUGUGUCUUCUGCGGCUUCUGUGGUCCCCCGCUGCAGCAGCAGUGCUUCCUGCAGCACCAGCAGCAGCAGCAACGCCGUCUUUGCCCACGCCGGCAGCAGUAGGCGCAGCAGCAGCGGAAGCAGCAGCAGCAGCUGCUGCUGCAGCGGGGCAAGAGCUGCCGCCGGGUGCUGCUGCUGUUGUCGCAGCAACAGCAGCAACAGCAGCAGCACGGCAGCAGCUGCCUGCUGCAGCACAGUACACACCCCACAGCAGCCACCUGCAAUAUGCCACACGGCCGCUGCAGCAGCUGCUGCAGCAGGCGCUUUACCGCUGCCGCAAAGACUUGCAUUCUUGCUGCCGCGUGGCGCUGCAGCAGCAGCAGCUGCUGCAGCAGCAGCUGCAGCAGGCAGCAGCAAAGGGCGAGGGCGAGCGCUUCGCAGCCACAGAAGCAGCAGCAGCAGCAAGCAGCAUUCUGCGCACGGCUUUGCUGCAGUACAGCAGACACAGCAGAGAGCUGCUGCUGAAGCUGCUGCUGCUGCACACCCAAUGGCCCGCGCUGCAGCAGCAAGUCGAGAGCUUGCUGCAGGAGAGCGCCCGCAUGCAACAGCAAAAAUUCAAAAUCAGGGACAUCAUACUCACCCAACAAAUGCAGCUGCAGCAGCAGCAGCUGCAGCUGCUGCCGCCGCCCUGCCCUGUUGAUGUAGCCAUGGAAGUCCUAGCCACUGGGACUUACCAGCGGCUGCCGCUGCUGCUGCAGCAGCAGCUGCUGCUGCUGCACCUGCAGCAGCAGCAGCAAACGCCGGGAGCAGCAGAUGAGGACCUUGACGGCAUUGAGGAGGCCUAUCAGCACCUAGAUCCUGCUGAGUGCGUGGAGACUCGGAAGCGGCUGCAGGACUCUUUGCUGCUGCAGCUGCACACUGCGUCGCUGCAGCAGCAAGAGCAGGUGUCUGUACACCUGAGAAGCAACGGCAGCAUUCAUUUGCUGCUGCAGCACCUUUGCUCAAUGGAGGCCGUCUCAGACAUUGCCAGUUUGCAGGUGCUGCGGGUGAACCUGAUUUUGCUGCUGCGCCUUGGCUUCGCCGUGUCGGCAGCAACAGCUGCAACUCCUGCUGCUCCUGCUGCUGCUGCAGCAGCAGAUUUGAAUGCGCUCUCAGUGGCCAUCUUCAGGCAAAACACCAGGGCAGCUGUUGAAAGGGCAAAUCUGGAGCGAGGCCGCGUCGAACUAGCAGAAGUAAAGGCGAAAGCAGCAGCAGCAAACCGCAGCUGCAGAGAAGACCUGCUGCAGCAGCUUCGCGUCAUUCAAGAAGCAGCAGCCCGGCUCGGUGUGGCGCUGCCAGAAGAGGCCGUUGCUGCUGCUGCUGCUGCACAACAUGGCGAUGGCAGCAGCAGCAGCGCUAGCAGCAGCAGCAGCAGCGCCAGCAGCAGCAGCAGCAGCAGCUCCAUCGCGGUGCGACCGGACAGUCAUGAGGCUUCCGAAAGUGAGAUGACGGGCGGAACUGCACAAGCGGCAGCAGCAGCAGCAGCAGCAGCAGCAGAGGCAGAAGCAGCGCCUGAAGCAACAGCAGCAGCAGCAGGAGAAGAAGCAGCAGCAGACGCUGCAGCAGCGGAGGCGCCGCUGCAGCCGUUUGACGCCUUCGGGUGUCUCUGUCGGGAGACACGGCGGGUGCUGUUUUGCUGCUGCUUAGAUUUGCUGCAGCAGCAGGCGAUGCGGCACCUUGCCGUGGCAGCAGCACUUGCUGCCAGCAGCAGCAGCAGCAGCAGCAGCAGCAGGAGGCACUGCAGGGAGUCGCUGCUGCACUUCGUGGUGUAUGUGGCUUUGUCUCACAGCGGCGCAAUUGUCUCUUCAGGUGUCUCCUCAGAAGCAGCAGCAGCAGCAGCAGCUCCUGCUGCGGACUCCGCUGCUACUGCUGCUGACGCAAACGCAGAAGCAGCAGAAGACUCCGCGCUGCAGCUGGGCGAGUCUGCUGCUGCUGCUGCAGGGCCGACUGAAGCAGCAGCAGCAGGAGCCUUCGUGCCUCUGUCAACAGCAGCAGCAGCAGCAGCUGCUGCUGCUGCUGGGGGCCCCGCAAGGCGCGUGCUGCUGCAGCUUUCCAUCUUGAGGGAUUUUGAUGUCUCCUGUGGGGGCCUGCGGCCUGCUGUAUGUUUUGCUCCCCGGCCAGCAGCAGCAGCAGCAGCAGCAGCAGCAGCAGCAGCAGAGGAGGCAGCAGCAGCUACAGCAGCAGGCCCGCAGCACAGCGUGCAGCCCCACAUGACCUUCUCUGCAGAUGACGACCUGGCUGUGGAGGGGGCAGCGGGCGACUCAGCAGCAGCAGCAGCAGCAGCAGCAGCAGCAGCGCAGCAGCAUCAGCAGCAGCAGCAGCAGCAGCAGGAGCUGCGGUCAGAAGGAGUAACUCUGCAGUUUUCUGUGAACCUGCAGACCUUCAACGAGCUGUCUGUACACCUGUGGCCGCUGCACUCCCUG